UCUCUCUCUAUUUUUCUAUAUUCUCUUUGAUUUAUUUCCCCGAUCUAUCUACUUAUCUUAAUCUCUUGUUUUUGUUUGUCCGACAAAGACCCCGAUCAUACAUCAUACCCCGUAUUUAUCUCCCAAGGCAUUUAAAACCUUCUUCGGUCCGCAUUCUUUUUUUUUUCUGUCGUCGUCCUCGAUCUAUUGCAUUGCUACUACAAUCAGUUUGCGCCAACGAGGCACUAUGGCUAUUCUUGACAAAGAAAACCGAUCCCGCGGCCUGCGAGUGCCGUCAUUUGCCAAAAAAGGCUUCAGGCAGAAGACCUCUGAUUCUUUACCUACCAAGGAAUCCGACCCCAUUCAGCCGACUCCCCCACGAUCCGAUUCCAUCCCGGCACCUCCGCUAUUCCGAUCGCAAGAGCAAGAGGUCGACGAAUUCUCUGCUCCUCCUUCUGUGCAAACCUCUGCUGCCCCAGCAUCUCUAAUCAAUGGCCACAGCCAGCGCCCGCCUUAUAGCCCACCGGAUGGUCCUCUCCCGGAACCUCCAGUGUUUCGGGCUUACCGGCCGCCUAUCGCGCCGCAACCCACCCCGCCGUCUAGCGAAGAAGACUUAGAAUCGGACCCCAAACACACCAGCGUAGGAGGCAAUUGCCUUCCUGAAGCCGACCGUGAAUCCGAGGCUCCUGUCGAUUCUGCGUCCAGUGAAGAGGAUAGGGGUCCGUGGACGCCUGCAGACUACGAGCCGGUAGCUGCGCCAUUGAAUAAGCUACACUAUGCUUGCUACCAAGACCACCGGUCAAUGCCUCCGGCCAACAAUGCCUGGUAUGCGCUGCCAUGUAUGACAUGCCAGAAAUUUGAUCACGAAGUACGGCAUAGGUGUGUCUUCUGCUGUUUGCGCAUUUGUGGAGGCUGCUACCAGGCCUUGCAGAAAUGCCCUAACCGCUCAUUGGCGCAACUGAUGAGAUCCCUUCCCGCAUCUCAAUCAUGAUCCCAACGACGUUUGCAUGGCAGCUCUUUGCUCCGCUUACGAUUAAGGAAAGAGUAUGGUCGAUCGAACACGUCGUUCUUAUCCUCGGCCCUCUCCUGAAUAUCUGUUGUCUUCUCUCUAUAUACCUCGACCGUGUCUCAUUUCUCUUCCAUUUAUGCAUUCGCAUGAAACAAGAUUCCCCUCCAGUUGCUAUUUUCUGUUGCGCGUGAUAUGGAUAAGGUUGGUCCUAAUCAUGAUGAUUUGGGCUUUUUACGAGUGCAUCGCUUGUUAAACUAUAAGUCAGGCAUGACGGGCCAAUUCUAAAUCGACGGAUACGAUCCAAUGAAUAAUUAUAAUGCUUAACCACCAAG